ACCACGCCUCCAUCUAGAUCCAGGGAUCCUUCCGCCGCAACCCCGCCUCUCUUCCUCCUCUCGCCGUCGUCCGCACACCCCCCCCCCCGGGGCCGGCGCGCUGCGGAGACCCCUCCGUGCUCGGACUGAUUUCUUCCUUUGCUGGAAGCUCCAUUUAUCAGCCAUGUUUGGACGCAUGCCAAGGAAGAGCAACAACACCAAGUAUUAUGAAGUUCUUGGUGUAUCUAACACCGCAAGCCAGGACGAGCUGAAGAAAGCAUACCGGAAAGCUGCCAUCAAAAACCAUCCUGAUAAGGGCGGAGACCCUGAGAAGUUUAAAGAAUUGUCUCAAGCUUAUGAGGUUCUUAGCGACCCAGAAAAGAGGGAGGUCUAUGACCAGUAUGGAGAAGAUGCACUGAAAGAAGGAAUGGGAGGAGGCAGCAGCAGCGAUUUCCAUAGCCCGUUUGAUAUAUUUGAGCAACUUUUUCCGGGUGCUGGUACCUUUGGGGGAGGUAGCUCAAGAGGACGCAGACAAAAGCGUGGUGAUGAUGUGGUGCACACUAUGAAGGUUUCUCUAGAAGAUCUGUAUAAUGGGGCAACGAAAAAACUAUCUUUAUCACGGAAUGCUUUGUGCACAAAGUGCAAGGGGAAAGGAUCCAAGAGUGGGGCAUCAGGAACUUGCCACGGUUGUCGUGGUGCAGGAAUGAGGACAAUAACAAGACAGAUAGGCCUUGGCAUGAUCCAACAGAUGAAUACUGUUUGCCCUGAAUGCAAAGGAACAGGUGAGAUGAUAAGUGAAAAGGAUAAAUGCGCAAGCUGUAAAGGAAGCAAAGUAUUCCAGGAGAAAAAGGUCUUGGAGGUUCAUGUGGAGAAAGGAAUGCAACAUGGCCAAAAGAUCGUAUUCCAGGGUCAAGCUGAUGAAGCUCCUGAUACUGUGACAGGAGACAUUGUUUUUGUCUUGAACCUUAAAGAUCAUCCAAAAUUUAAGAGGAAGUAUGAUGACCUAUAUGUUGAGCACGCAAUCUCUCUCACUGAGGCUCUGUGCAGCUUCCAGUUUGUUCUGACUCAUCUUGAUGGCCGACAGCUUCUAAUCAAAUCUAAUCCUGGAGAGGUCAUAAAACCUGGCCAACACAAGGCUAUAAAUGAUGAGGGUAUGCCUCAACAUGGCCGUCCUUUCAUGAAGGGCCGUCUGUUUGUUGAAUUCAACGUUGAGUUUCCUGAGCCCGGUAUACUUACGCCUGACCAAUGUGGAUCACUUAAGAAGAUUCUGCCACCAAAGCCUGGGAGCCAACUAUCGGACAUGGAGCUGGAUCAGUGUGAGGAGACCACCCUGCAUGAUGUCAACAUAGAAGAGGAGAUGAGGCGCAGGCAACAGCAGAGGCGGCAGGAAGCAUAUGACGAAGAUGAGGAGGAUGCCGCUGGACCACGGGUACAGUGUGCCCAGCAGUAAGAACAGGGGUCAUUCACGGUGUACCAGACACCGUUUUCCAAAAGUCCUGUGUACCUUGGGCGUGGGCUAGUUAUCGGCCGAUUUCUGGUGGCCUCAUUUAUUUGUCAUUUUUUCUUUUGAAUUUUUAACCAUUUUCAAAUUUCAAGAAUGUAGCUAGCAACUAUUGUCCAAAAUAGAAUUGGGGGGCUUGGGGGAAGAAAAGGAAAAAGAGUGCUGGAAAUGGCGUGAGUCUUGCUGGGAAGAUUGUUCCAUGGAGUCGUCUGAGUUGCUUUCGUGCUACCUCUCUGUUUGAUGAUAAUCUGUCACCCAGCAUUAGAGUUGACCUGUUAUGAUGUUA